AGCUAAUGUGUCUCCAGACUCUAGUUAGGAAGCCAAGGCGUGUUGGUAUCAGUCAAGCAAGCGUAUAGCAUCUCUCCUGCAAUUUUGACAUACUGCACCAUCACAAAAUUCGCAUGAGGAAUUCUGCAUCUCGGUAUCCCACACUUUUUGGGUGUUUGCAUAGGAAACAACAAGUUGAGCUUAUGUUUUGGGUUUAUGGAAAUAUUCUGCUCCCAGCCUCAAUAAAUUACCAGUCUAAGAAGAAUUAGAAUCAAACAGAAGAUUAGAGCAAUUAUUUAUGUGUUAGCGAAUAAGCCACUGUGAUGAGUCAAAUUGAGUCUUCAAUGCAUAUUCUCAUGCCAUAUUGUUUACCAUUCGUUGAGGAACAUUCAAUGAAUAUCCAGGUAUAAAAUAUCAAUAAUUCAUCAGAAAUCAAAUUUCAUAUCUGAACAAAUCUAAAUGUGAUAUACUAGAUAAAUAAUUUGACCUCCAUAAUUUCAACUUUGAUAAUAGGACAUAUGAAUGUCAUGAGCCCUGAAGUCAAGGAUACCAAUCCCACAAGGAAAUCAUUGUACACGGGUAGCUUCUUAUAGUGCACCAAAACCAUACAUUUGAAAUUUGCAAACCCAAGGGUGAAGCUUAGGCCUAUUGCUGCAUGCACUUCUUCCCUGUGCGACCCAUAACCUUGAACUACCAUGGGCCCCUUUUGGAGCUUCAUUCAAUCCUAUCCAGAGGUCUUCCUAGCAAUCAUCUGCUUUUUUGGGCUUUCCAUCUUCCGCCUCAUCCGACAAAGCCAGAAGAGCAGCCUCCCGCUGAACUGGCCUAUUGUUCGGAUGCUUCCCUUCCUCGUGGUGAAUCGUUACUGCAUUCAUGACAAGGUUGUGGAUCUGCUACGUGAGGCCGGGUGCACCUUCAUGGUCUUUGGUCCAUGGUUGCUGGACAUGAACUUCUUGAUAACCUGUGAUCCAGCCACAGUCAACCACUGCCUUAACACCCACUUUGACAAGUACCCAAAAGGUAGAGAGUUUGCUGAGAUGUUUGACAUUCUAGGCGAUGGGCUCCUUGUGGCAGACUCUGAAUCCUGGGAGUAUCAGCGCCGUGUGGCAACAUCCAUCUUCGGCGCUCGUGCGUUUAGGUCCUUUACGAUGUCCACCAUCGCAAGAAAGGUCGGUAAUGUCUUGCUACCUUAUCUUGACCACAUGGCUAAUCACGGUUCAGAGGUCGAGCUGGAGGAUGUCUUCAUGAGGCUCUCGCUCGAUGUCUCCUACUUUAUGGUGUUUGCAGCUGAUCUUGACUGCUUAUCGGUGUCUUCUCCAAUGCCUGUGUUUGGCCGAGCCACAAAGGAAGCAGAGGAGGCAUUGUUGUUCAGACACAUUGUGCCAUCGAGAUUGUGGAAGCUCUUGAGGUGGCUCAAUGUUGGGACAGAGAAAAAACUAGCCGAUGCAAAGAUGGUGAUCAAUCAGUUCAUUUAUGAGGAGAUUGCCAAACGGAAGGCACAGGGGAGCAACGGGAGCCAAGCAGAUUUACUCUCCAUGUACAUGAAAGUGACCUUGGAUCCCAGCAUGAGCGAACAUCAGAAGACCCAGUUCCUGCGUGAUACUGCAGUGGGGCUCAUCCUCGCUGGGAAGGACCUUAUUGCCGUCACGCUUACAUGGUUCUUCUACAUGAUGUGCAAGCACCCGAACGUCGAGGCGAAGAUACUCGAGGAGCUCAAGGGCCUGAAGAGCAGUACGUGGCCUGGGGACUUCUCUGUCUUUGAGUGCGACGCACUCCGGUCUGCCAUUUACCUCCAAGCUACACUCCUUGAGACACUCAGGCUUUUCCCGGCAACACCAUUUGAGGAAAAGGAGGCCCAUGUCGAUGACGUUCUACCAAACGGCACCAAGGUGACCAAGGGCACAAGGGUCAUCUUCUCGCUCUAUGCCAUGGGGAGGAUCAAUGGGAUAUGGGGCAAGGACUGCAUGGAGUUCAGGCCGGAGCGGUGGGUGUCCAAGAGCGGUCGCCUCCGGCACGAGCCGAGCUACAAGUUCCUGUCCUUCAACUCCGGGCCUCGGAGCUGUAUCGGAAAGGACCUCAGCCUCAGCAACAUGAAGAUCACGGCUGCCUCCAUUAUACACAACUUCAAGGUCGAGCUGGUCAAGGACCAUGCUGUGAUGCCACAGAGCUCCGUCAUACUGCACACACAGAACGGGAUGAUGGUUAGGCUCACAAGAAGGAUGGCAGCUUGAUGCUUCCUAUCACUUAGUUCUUGCUUUAUGGGGUUAUAUACCCGUUUAUGCAACAAUAUGCAUGACUUUGAAUAUUUAGAAGUUUGAAACCAUAUAUUUGGAGUUGUUUUACAAUGCAAGUAUGUGAUAGGAACACAAUGGUAUGGUAACUGAUGUCAGUGAUAGUAACAAAACUGUAAGGUUAUUGGUGUCAGUGUCCAAUAUCCUUUUAGCUGAUUCUAUGUGAAUUCGAGACCUGUUAGUACAAUGUAUCAUAUAUUCCAUAUCCAUCUACCAGUAUGUGGGUA